AUGUCUUCAAAUGUGUAUAAAAAGACUGGGUUGGUGACUGAUUUUAACGAACCCAAACACAAUUCCGUUGUGAAACGGUUCAAUCCUUUUCAACGUGAUCUUUUGUUUGUCCUAGAUGAGUUGAUAGCUGCUGGGGAAGCUGGCACCUAUGACUUUGUGUUCAUCGAUGCGGAUAAAAGGAAAUAUGACAGAUAUUACGAGAAGUCUCUUGAGCUUGUGAGACAAGGUGGCAUCAUUGCCAUCGAUAAUGUACUCUGGAGUGGUAAAGUGGUGGACCCUGCUCCUGAUGACCUGACCUCCCAGGCUCUGGACAAGCUCAACAAGAAACUCCACACAGACCAGAGGAUUGAUCUGAGCAUGCUCACUGUGGGCAACGGACUCACCCUGGUCAUCAAACGCUAACGAUAACCCAUGCUAACUCAUACUAACCCAUGAUGACAAAUGCUUAACCCAUACUUACUCCAAACCCGCUGUGAUUUAUUGGGGAUUUAUUUGA